CUGCAGAGAGAAUGCAGUAGCCUGCCGGCCAGCCGGUAAAAAAGUGAGGCUGGUUCAGCGGACGCGCGCGGCCUCGCUCUUUGGACUGGUCACCCGCCCCUCCCCCUCCCGCCGCCGUCACCCAGGAAACCGGCCGCAAACACGGGCCGACCUGAAGCUGGUUUCAUGGCAGCCUCAAAGAAGGCAGUUUUGGGGCCAUUGGUGGGGGCCGUGGACCAGGGCACCAGUUCCACACGCUUUCUGGUUUUCAAUUCAAGAACAGCUGAACUACUUAGUCAUCAUCAAGUGGAAAUAAAACAACAGUUCCCAAGAGAAGGAUGGGUGGAACAGGACCCUAAGGAAAUUCUACAUUCUGUCUAUGAGUGUAUAGAGAAAACAUGUGAGAAACUUGGACAGCUCAAUAUUGGUAUUUCCAACAUAAAAGCUAUUGGUGUCAGCAACCAGAGGGAAACCACUGUAGUCUGGGACAAGAUAACUGGAGAGCCUCUCUACAAUGCUGUGGUGUGGCUUGAUCUAAGAACACAGUCUACCGUUGAGAGUCUUAGUAAAAGAAUUCCAGGAAAUAAUAACUUUGUCAAGUCCAAGACAGGCCUUCCACUUAGCACUUACUUCAGUGCCGUGAAACUUCGUUGGCUCCUUGACAAUGUGAGAAAAGUUCAAAAGGCCGUUGAAGAAAAACGAGCUCUUUUUGGGACUAUUGAUUCAUGGCUUAUUUGGAGUUUGACAGGAGGCGUCAAUGGAGGUGUCCACUGUACAGAUGUAACAAAUGCAAGUAGGACUAUGCUUUUCAACAUUCAUUCUUUGGAAUGGGAUAAACAACUCUGUGAAUUUUUUGGAAUUCCAAUGGAAAUUCUUCCAAAUGUCCGGAGUUCUUCUGAGAUCUAUGGCCUAAUGAAAGCCGGGGCCUUGGAAGGUGUGCCAAUAUCUGGGUGUUUAGGGGACCAGUCUGCUGCAUUGGUGGGACAAAUGUGCUUCCAGAUUGGACAAGCCAAAAAUACAUAUGGAACAGGAUGUUUCUUACUAUGUAAUACAGGCCAUAAGUGUGUAUUUUCUGAUCAUGGCCUUCUCACCACAGUGGCUUACAAACUUGGCAGAGACAAACCGGUAUAUUAUGCUUUGGAAGGUUCUGUAGCUAUAGCUGGUGCUGUUAUUCGCUGGCUAAGAGACAAUCUUGGAAUUAUAAAGACCUCAGAAGAAAUUGAAAAACUUGCUAAAGAAGUAGGUACUUCUUAUGGCUGCUACUUCGUCCCAGCAUUUUCGGGGUUAUAUGCACCUUAUUGGGAGCCCAGCGCAAGAGGGAUAAUCUGUGGACUCACUCAGUUCACCAAUAAAUGCCACAUUGCUUUUGCUGCAUUAGAAGCUGUUUGUUUCCAAACUCGAGAGAUUUUGGAUGCCAUGAAUCGAGACUGUGGAAUUCCACUCAGUCAUUUGCAGGUAGAUGGAGGAAUGACCAGCAACAAAAUUCUUAUGCAGCUACAAGCAGACAUUCUGUAUAUUCCAGUAGUGAAGGCCUUGAUGCCCGAAACCACUGCACUGGGUGCUGCCAUGGCGGCAGGGGCUGCAGAAGGAGUCGACGUAUGGGGUCUUGAACCUGAGGAUUUGUCCGCUGUCACGAUGGAGCGGUUUGAACCUCAGAUUAAUGCUGAGGAAAGUGAAAUUCGUUAUUCUACAUGGAAGAAAGCUGUGAUGAAGUCAAUGGGCUGGGUUACAACUCAGUCUCCAGAAAGUGGUGACCCUAGUGUCUUCUCUAGUCUGCCCUUGGGCUUUUUUAUAGUGAGUAGCAUGGCAAUGUUAAUUGGAGCAAAGUACAUCUCAGGUAUUCCAUAAAACCUACCAACUCAUGGAUUCCCAAGAUGCGAGCUUUUUCCAUAAUGAAAGAACCCAGCAAUUGUCUCUUUUGCAAUGACACCAUUCAUAGACUUUCAUUUUAUUUACAGGCCACUUGCUACAUGACCCUCCAAGUAGACCUGUGGCUUAAAAUAAAGAAAAUGCAGCAAAAAUAAUGCUAUAGAAAUA